AUGCGGCAUCCUGCAGAUGGGGAGGCAUGGAAAGAGUUCGAUCGAACGUUCCCCGACUUUGCUGCUAAUCCCCGAAAUGUUAGAUUGAGACUUGCCACUGACGGAUUCAAUCCGUAUGGGGUUCUAAACCAACACCACAGCACUUGGCCGAUUUUCGUAUUCCCAUAUAAUUUUCUACCUUGGAAAUGCAUGAAAAAAGAAUACAUGAUGAUGACUGUUUUGAUAAUUGAGGAUCUUGGAAGGUCAAUCGAUGUUUACUUAAGGCCGCUGGUUGAUGAGCUGAAGGAUUUAUGGACAAACGGUGUUCGCACGUACGAUAAAUCAACUGGGAAGAUGUUCACUUUGCGGGCAGCAGUGAAAUCAUUCACUGUACGUAUGCCCUGA